AUGUCUGAGGACUUGAGCGGCCUGUCCAUCAAACGGGAGCUGCAGGAGAUGACAGCUGUCACACAAGGCACUGGACAGUCAGUCUCGGAUUCUGGACUAUGGAUGUCAUUUCUGCCCCUAGAAAGGUUGCAGCCAGCUUCUUCCAGUGGGAAUUUUGUCUUAUCCACCCUCGUGGUGUGGACAUUUGCUCAUCUACUCACAUGGCAUGGUAAAAAGCUCCAAGGAGAAUGUCCCAGAAUUGUCUUCCCCGUGUCUCCUGCUAGGCUUUACUGCUGCUAUGCAGUGAUCAUCGUCCUCACUGGAGCUGUGGUUGGACUUUCUGUGGCUCUGUCAUUGUCAGUGAGAAAGGAAGAAAAGGCCAUUGCGAGCCCUGAAGCUGGCUGCCCAAAAGACUGGAUUGGAUUUGGAAGUAAAUGUUUUUAUUUUUCUGAACACACAAGUAACUGGACAUCUAGCCUGACCUCCUGCAUGGAGCUGGGGGCCCAUCUAACUCACUUUGACAGUCUGGAGGAGCUGAAUUUCCUGCGUAGAUACAGGGGGGGAUUUUGCCGCCUGAUCGGCCUGCACAGAGAGUCAUCAGAGCACCCUUGGAUGUGGACAGACAACACUGAAUAUAACAACUUGGUUCCCAUCCGAGGAGAAGGAGAACAUGCCUACCUGAGUGACAGUGGGAUCAGCAGUGGCAGAAGCUACUUAAGUAGGAAGUGGAUUUGUAGCAAACCCAACAACUAUACUUUCCAGUGUCCAGUCAGAGUCAUCACACCAGAGCUCCUGCAGGAGGAUGAACAGGUGUGCAUUGAAUGCAAUCUGAAUCUAUCUGAAAGGGCAAGAGGAGCUUCACAGAGGAAGCACAGAGGAGCUGAAGCUCAUGAAAGUCAGUUACUAAGGAAGUUCCCUGUGGGCUGGAGUCUGGGGUUUUCAGAUUCAGUAUGGUUCAAAGGGAAGGUGGGGAGGGAAGGUGCAGUGGAUGCUGAACCACACUCCAGCAAGUUCUCUGGCAUUUCUGGUUUAUGGCAGCCAUUGCUGGACUAG